CCCAGGGACACCCGUGCUGUCCCAUCGCGGCUUGCCCUCACACCUGUGCGCACGCCUGUGUGUGUGUGUGUGUGUGUGUGUGUGUGUGUGUGUGUGUGUGUGUGUGUGUGCCUGUGCAAGAGGGAGAGCGCGCCCGCGCAGCUGUCUGAGGUGCGUGUGGCUUCCCGGCUGUCUGUGAGGGCUCCAGGGCUCGUAGCCCGCGGUGGUAGCCUCAGCGCCCUGCUUGGCUGGGAGGGAGCGAGAGAGCCAGCUCUGCGCGCCCCGCAGGCUGAGGCGGGACUCGGGCCGCAGGCGUCACCGCCUCACAUCCCCCGGAGAGCCGCUGCUGUGCAGAGGGGGAGCCGGGCGGGGAGGGGACACGGGAGACCAGAGGCGGGAGAGGGGCAGAAGAGAGGAGCUGGGGACAGGUGGAGGCAGGCGGUCCCCGCUCGCCCCUCCCGUCGGCUGUGGCCUGUUUAAAAUGAAGAAGUUUAAUUUCCGAAAAGUUUUGGAUGGCUUAACUGCCUCUUCCCCUGGCAGUGGUAGCAGCAGUGGCAGUAACAGUGGUGGGGCUGGAAGUGGCUCUGUCCAUCCAGGAGGGACUGCAGGGCUUCCGAGAGAGGAAAUUCAGGAAAGCCUGACUUCAGACUAUUUCCAGAUUUGCAAGACAGUUCGGCAUGGGUUUCCUUAUCAGCCCACAGCAUUGGCCUUUGAUCCAGUCCAGAAAAUCUUAGCUAUUGGAACAAGAACAGGUGCUAUACGAAUACUUGGGAGGCCUGGUGUUGACUGUUACUGCCAACAUGAAAGUGGUGCGGCUGUCUUGCAGCUCCAAUUCCUCAUCAAUGAGGGCGCGUUGGUCAGUGCGAGUUCAGAUGACACGCUUCAUUUGUGGAAUCUGAGACAGAAAAGGCCGGCCAUUCUCCAUUCUCUUAAAUUUAACAGAGAACGAAUUACUUACUGUCAUCUACCUUUCCAGAGUAAAUGGCUCUAUGUUGGAACAGAAAGAGGAAAUACACAUAUUGUAAAUAUUGAAUCUUUCAUUCUUUCUGGAUAUGUCAUCAUGUGGAACAAGGCAAUUGAACUCUCCACCAAGACUCAUCCAGGCCCAGUUGUACAUUUAAGUGAUAGCCCAAGAGAUGAAGGAAAACUGUUAAUAGGUUACGAGAAUGGCACUGUGGUGUUCUGGGACUUGAAAUCUAAAAGAGCAGAACUGAGAGUUUAUUAUGAUGAGGCUAUUCAUUCAAUUGAUUGGCAUCAUGAGGGCAAACAAUUCAUGUGCAGCCACUCAGAUGGUAGCUUGACUUUAUGGAACCUGAAAAGCCCAAGCCGCCCUUUCCAAACCACAGUCCCACAUGGAAAAAGUCAAAGAGAAGGAAGAAAGUCUGAGUCUUGUAAACCUAUUCUUAAAGUAGAAUACAAAACGUGCAGGAACAGUGAACCAUUUAUAAUAUUCUCUGGCGGGCUGUCAUAUGACAAAGCUUGCAGAAGACCAAGUUUAACCAUCAUGCAUGGGAAAGCAAUUACAGUGCUUGAGAUGGAUCAUCCUAUUGUUGAGUUUCUAACGUUAUGUGAAACGCCCUAUCCAAAUGAAUUUCAAGAACCCUAUGCUGUUGCUGUACUUCUAGAGAAAGAUCUCAUCGUAGUUGACCUGACACAAACCAAUUUUCCAAUCUUUGAAAAUCCAUAUCCAAUGGACAUUCAUGAGUCACCUGUUACAUGCACAGCAUAUUUUGCCGAUUGCCCUCCAGAUUUGAUUCUAGUACUCUAUUCUAUAGGAGUCAAGCAUAAAAAACAAGGAUACAGUAAUAAGGAAUGGCCAGUCAGUGGAGGAGCUUGGAACCUCGGAGCACAAACUUAUCCAGAAAUUAUUAUUACUGGUCAUGCUGAUGGAACAAUAAAAUUUUGGGAUGCUUCAGCAAUGACACUGCAGAUGUUGUACAAGCUAAAAACUUCCAAAGUGUUUGAAAAGCAGAAGGCAGGAGAAGGCAAACAGACGUGUGAACUUGUAGAGGAAGAUCCCUUUGCUGUGCAGAUGAUCUACUGGUGUCCAGAGAGCAGAAUAUUUUGUGUCUCUGGAGUCUCUGCAUAUGUCAUAAUUUAUAAAUUCAGCAGACAUGAAGUCACAACAGAAAUAGUGUCACUAGAGGUACGACUUCAGUGUGAUGUUGAAGACAUUAUUACUCCUGAGCCAGAAACAAGCCCUCCAUUUCCAGAUCUCUCCUCUCAACUUCCUCCUUCAAGGAGUCUUUCUGGAAGCACUAAUACUGUGUCUAGUGAAGGAGUGACAAAGGACAGCAUCCCGUGCCUCAGUGUUAAAACACGGCCAGUACGAAUGCCGCCGGGCUAUCAAGCAGAUCUUGUUAUUCAGUUGGUGUGGGUAGAUGGUGAGCCUCCUCAGCAAAUUACCAGCCUUUCUAUAAGCUCAGCAUAUGGAAUAGUGGCAUUUGGAAACUGCACUGGGCUGGUUGUGGUGGAUUUCAUACAGAAGACAGUGCUAUUAAGCAUGGGGACCAUUGACCUCUAUAGAUCAAGUGACCUGUACCAGCGACAGCCCCGGUCUCCUCGAAAGAACAGGCAGUUCAUUGCAGACAACUUUUGCAUGCGUGGGCUGUCUAACUUUUAUCCUGAUUUAACGAAACGGAUCCGUACUUCCUAUCAGAGCUUAACAGAGCUGAAUGAUAGUCCAGUUCCCCUGGAACUUGAGCGCUGCAAGUCCCCCACCUCAGGACUUGCCACCAGAACUCCUGAGGCAGCACCAGGCUUUUAUAGGAAUGAAAUGCCCGCUGUGAAACAGAGGAGUCAAGUGCACCACUUGCCAGACCAUGUAAAUGGACACUGCACAAGUCCAACCUCUCAGAGUUGCAGUUCUGGAAAACGUCUUUCCAGUGCUGACGUUUCAAAAGUAAAUCGCUGGGGUCCUGGAAGACCACCAUUUAGAAAGGCACAGUCAGCUGCUUGCAUGGAGAUUUCUUUACCAGUUACAACUGAAGAAACCCGAGAGAAUUCCUAUAAUCGCUCCAGGAGCUCUAGCAUCUCCAGUAUUGACAAAGAUUCUAAAGAAGCAAUUACAGCUUUAUACUUCAUGGAAUCCUUUGCACGGAAAAAUGACUCUACCGUUUCCCCUUGUCUGUUUGUUGGAACUAGUCUGGGAAUGGUAGUACUCAUCUCCCUAAAUCUACCAUCAUCAGAUGAACAAAGGUUUACAGAGCCGGUGGUGGUAUUGCCAAGUGGUACAUUCCUCUCACUGAAAGGAGCAGUGCUAACAUUUUCCUGCAUGGACAGAACUGGCAGUUUAAUGCAGCCUCCAUACGAAGUAUGGAGAGAUCCAAACAACACAGAUGAAAAUGAAAAAACCUGGAAAAGGAAAUUGGUCAUGAACUACUCGUCUUCAUCCCAAGAGAUGGGAGACCAUCAGUAUACGAUAAUCUGCUCAGAAAAACAAGCCAAAGUCUUCUCACUGCCUUCCCAGACCUGCCUUUAUGUUCACAACAUCACCGAGACGUCGUUCAUAUUGCAAGCAGAUGUGGUGGUCAUGUGCAACAGUGCCUGCCUGGCCUGCUUUUGUGCAAAUGGGCAUAUCAUGAUAAUGAGCUUACCUAGUCUUCGCCCAAUGUUGGAUGUUAAUUAUUUGCCACUGACAGACAUGAGAAUAGCACGGACAUUUUGUUUUACUAAUGAAGGACAGGCAUUAUACCUCGUCUCUCCCACUGAAAUUCAACGGUUAACAUAUAGCCAAGAAAUGUGUGAUAAUAUUCAGGACAUGUUAGGCGAUUUGUUUACUCCCAUAGAGACACCAGAAGCCCAAAAUAGAGGCUUUCUCAAGGGACUAUUUGGUGGAAGUGGACAGACAUUCGACAGAGAAGAACUCUUCGGGGAAGCCUCAGCAGGAAAAGCAUCCCGAAGCCUCGCACAGCACAUCCCUGGGCCAGGUAGUAUAGAAGGGAUGAAAGGUGCUGCUGGCGGGGUGAUGGGAGAGCUGACCCGAGCCCGGAUUGCACUUGAUGAGAGAGGGCAGCGUCUGGGCGAGCUGGAAGAGAAGACUGCGGGCAUGAUGACCAGCGCAGAAGCGUUUUCCAAGCACGCACAUGAGCUAAUGCUGAAGUAUAAGGAUAAGAAGUGGUACCAGUUCUAACCUUCGAAAGAAGCUGUGACUGCUUUGAGAAACCAUUAUUCAGGGAAACCAAAUUUAUUCCCAGCAUCACUAUUCAACUGCUAGAAGCCAGUUUCUUCUACAAAAUGUUCCAUUAUAGUCCAUCUGAAGUUAUCAUAAGGGAGACUUAUCAAAGGCAAAGAUGCUGUACAACAGAAAGGCUGGAACCCCUGUUAAAAUCCCAAGAUAAUGGCCGAAUUUGUCUUUCCCCAUGUGGAAUGGAUAUUAUCAUCUUGGCAUGUCAUUUGCUAAGAAUUCAUGUUUGGAAACUAUGGGGAGUCCUUUUGAUUUGAAAUUUCCUGUACAAACAAAAGCAUUAAUGCACUUAAUGAAAAAAAAUUCUUUGCAUGAAAAAUUAACAUCUUAAGAGGAAAAGAAACAAAAGCAUGUUAUAACAGAAGAAAAGGAUUUAUGGUAAACUACUUUCAUGAAUUGGGCCACACCCAACAAUUUUAAAAUAUGCAUUAGAAGAUAUCAAUGCGUUUUAAGUGUAUUUGCCCUACCCAACUGAAAGGAAUCAAAAUAGCCCCAGAAUUUUCUUCUCAUCUGAAACUUUCCUUAGUAUACUAGGACGUUCCUGAAUUCUUACGUCAAGAAUCUGAUUGCAUUUUUCUCUCUCUGUAGUAAUUCACAUCAUUUGCAGCUCUCAUUCAUUCAUAACCAAGGAUUGCCAGGAGAGUGAAGUAUCCCCAACACUUUUCUUUCCACGUCUGCCACCUUCAAGAUGAAUUCCUAGUUUUAGUUAUAAACCGUGCAGGGUUGAAUCACCUCAAAGCAAUUUUUUUCGGCCUGGUUUAUAUUCUACAGAGGAGGUGGCAAUAAGUUUGCAGAAACUAGACUAUAGGAACAGUGCAGUUAGCUUUGAGAACUGAUUUCACAAAGAGUGGAAUUUCACACACCCCAAUUUUAGUUUCCAAAGCGAUAUAUUUUUAAAGCACCAUUUGUACCCUUAUCUGCCAAUUACACAGUAUAUUACUGUUCAGACCCUGUAGGGUCUACUAUCCCAAGGUGCUUUUGCAGCCUGCUAUUCACAGACCAAACUGGUCAUUGUCUUUGAAGUGAUUCAGUAAAGCCUCAGCUAAUGUUUUAGGGAAGAGAGUCUGACUCCUCACACUUCUGAUGCACAAGGGCUUUCAUUAGAACACAUUCUAGGGUCCAGCACUUAUUACUGGAAACCCUUAUGAAAUGUAGAGCUGUUUUAGCUAUCUUGGCCACAGUCAUCAUUAUGGGUAACACAAAUCCAGAGAUAAUUUAAUGAUAUAAAAUCAAUAGCUUUGUCACUAGAUUGAUUAAUAUAAGUCAAAGGCAUGUGUCAGUAAAUACCAAAUACCUUCUAAAAACUCUCAAGGGUAAAGAGCAGCUCGAGCAAGAUAAAACGAUCCGUCAUGACCCAGCAGAGAAGCACUGCAAAGGAAAACAAAGGAAGAUUCCCACUUGCUCUGUUGAACAUGCUUGGAAGUCAGAGUCACGGGACUCCCCUGACAGGAUGCUCUUCCUGUUUUUAAAAUCUUAAAUUAUGUGAUGCGUUCAUUGGGUUUUGAGGUCUUACUGGAUUUGCAUUUGUGUUUAAGAUACGGGCACUUCCUUAAAUCCAACUUAAUAGAUGAAGUUAUUUUUUUUCAUUUGUCUUUUGUUUGUGUUUGAAGUGGUGCUGCCUUUUAAUUUUUCUCAGUGAUUUUGAAGAAAAAGCAGAGAUGAUUAAAAGAACCAGAAAAUGCACACUAGAGUAGCAUUUAUCAGAGUCCUUAAAUUCUGGUUUCUUAAAAUUGUCUGUAAAUCUGCCUCCUGUUAUAGCAUGACUAUAAGAGGACUUGGUUGGAAAUACAGACAAUAUACACAGACAAUAUAUACAGUAAAAUAUUAACGAAAUUUCAAGCCAGGACUUGGAAAACAUUGGCAGCCAAACUGCAACACAAAAUAUAUGCAAUCUCUUUUUUAGGACCCAAGUUUCUGAUUUUUAGCAUUUCUGGAAUUUUUGUUGUUGUUUGUGUGUGUGUGUGUUUGAUUGCUUGUUUGUGUGUUAUUUUUGUCUUGUUUUGGUUUUUGCUUUUCUGAGGCAGGAUUUCUUUAUGUUACAGCCCUGGCUGUCCUGAAACUCACUUUGUAGACCAGGCUGGCCUUGAACUCACAGAGAUCCACCUGCCUCUGCCUCCCAAUGUUGGGAUUACAGACAUGCCCCAAAACACCCAGUGGUACUUUAACAUUUCUACAUUUUAAAGUGACCAGAAGAAUAAGAUAUUUCUUUUAUUUAGAAAUAGUGAUUUUUCAAUCCAAAGUAGCAUUGAAUUCAAUGGCUAGCUCUGAAACUCCCUGUAAUAUGUAACUAGAGAUGUAGUGCAGGGUAGAGUGCUUGCUUGCCCACCAUGUUCAAGAUUAUGGAUUUCAUCAUCAGUACCCCAGGUGUGUGUGCAUGCGCGCGCGCGCACACACACACACACACACACACACACACACACUUGUUCUAUAGCAAGGGUUCUGAAAGGCAGCACCAUCAGCACAAAAUUCUUUGGGAUGUUAGCAGUGUCCUUGGCUUCUGCCCUCUAGAUGCCAGUCAGAAUCUUCUAGUAAUAACAGUAAAAAAAAAAAAAUCUUUUUGACAAAAUUGCUUCCAGCUGAGAGCUACUAUUUUACAUCAUUUAAAGAGACAGACUGUGAAAUGUAUGAUAUGUUUUUACAGAAAAUAGCAUACAAUAAGAGCACAUUUUCUUAGCAAGAGAAGUCCUGCCCUAAAUAUGUGUGUGAUUCAUAUGCAAGAGAGGUAAAUUUUUGGAGAAUUAGUGGACUAACAAUAUAUAGACUAAUUCCAAGCACACACAGAAUACAUCAAGAAGAAUAUCCGUAUUUCACAAUAGACAUGCUUAAAGUUCUGGCUCCAGCAAAUCCAUCAAAAGUUUAUAAAUAGACAUCACUUGGAGUAGUUGCCUCUGCCAUGCUUGAAAAGAACAAGUUCUCGUAAAUAUUUAAAGUUUAAAUAUGCUUACAAAACUGUUUGCCGAAACCUUUCUUAAGGGUAACUGAUGCCACAAACCAACAAUUAGCAGAAUCCAAAUUAAUGAGGUUUUACUGUAUCAAAAUUAUUUUUAUAAUUCAGAAGUAGCAAUAACAAUAAUUUAACCAUGGAUGUGAUUUUUCUCUUUGAACUUUUGCAUUAAUCUUCACACACACACACACACACACACACACACACACGAUCACCUUACCACCACCACCACCACCACCAUUUUUGUCAUCAUUGUCAACUUAAGGAAAUGAUUAAUGUUGGUAAAUAGAAUCUUUUUCAUGUUCUCAUCUCUCUUCUGUUUGGACCAUAAGAAAAACUACCCCAGAAACCUUAAUAGUGCUGCAGAAGAUGACCCUGAGUCUUGGUUCCCAUCAAAUUGCAUUCUGUCUACGAAGUGGCGUCUGGAGAUAAGGCUUGUGAAGCUCCAUCAGGACAAGGUGACUUUAUCCCUUAUUCCUUCCUCAACAGAGAAGCCUUUCCCGGUGUUCCUGCAGAAAUGAACCUUUUAUUCUAUUCAUCGAUAACAAAAGACAUGUUUGUUUCCCUGCUUCUCACAGUAAUGUAAGCCAUGAUCCCACUGUGAAACCACCCAUUUGUCUUGGGUUUGGGGAGGGCGAUUGACUUAGCAAGCAUUUCAAUCCCCCGAAGAUGUGCAUUUCUGACUUAGCUUGUCUGAGUCUCAGACUUAGCACUCAAGCACCAUGAGGGUCAUUGUGUGACAUCAACUUCAAGUGUACAGUGACAAAACUGAGAAGUUGUCUAGCAAUUCUAUCGCAGAAACAUUUCUCAAAUCCUUUGGAAUUGAUUCUCAAUAAAAUCUGUCUCUACUCCUCAAAAAUGUAAAGAGACCUUAAAAGGUAAAGUUCCCUUUUAUAUGUCCCACCAAUAGCAUUUUAAAGGUAUUGUUUACCCAUUAUCUGUGCCAGUCUGAGAAAAUAAAAAGUACGAUUAGGCCCAAUAUUGGUUGAAAUUAAGGUAGGUUCUUUGAGAUACUAAGCUGUCAGGCAUUUGGACAGAAUAAUAAAAUGAAGCUAGCCCAGAAAGGAAAACAAUAUUUCCCUUGGCCUAUGACUAGGAUAUUCUUUGUACCACAGGCUUCCUUGGGGGGAAUGUACAAACACCAUUCCCUUACCACACUGAUUCACAGAGAGCAAUGACAUAGAAAGCCAGCAUGUCAGAUCCGGUCCAGCUCUCAGUGUGUUAGGAGAAACAACAGCUUUGCAGCUUCUUCACCUACAGUUACUCAGCUCCAUCUUAGGUGGUAGUACUGUGUAUCCACACAACCCAGGUAUCAGAGAUGAUCAUCAACCAACAGGUUGACCAUUGUCUCUCAUAUGCAAGAUUCCAGGAAGCAUGUGCUAAAAAGUCUAGUAUUUCUAUCUACUGGCCUGAAUAGUAUAUCUGUCUUCCUGAAUAGAAGACAUCAGUAAGGUCUCAUCUAGAAACAGGACAGAGGGUAUAGCGUGGGGGAAACCUGUGGGUAUGAGGAGGGAUAUGAGAGUCUGAGGGAAGUGAGGAGGUUUUGAUACAACCAAAACAGAAUGCCUUUAUUAAUAUUUUUUUUCUGGAAGAGUGAUAGUCAGCCUUGGCUGUAUAUAACAGUCAUUUGAGAUUUUUAAAAUUCCAAUGAUUUCAAAAUGUCUUAGACUGGGAAAGGAACUCAGUAUUCUUGAAAGCUCUAAACAUGGGUCCAGUGUCCAGCCAACCUUGGGUAACCACUGCUUUAUGAACUGACUAAGAAAGACUCUUGCCUUCAUUGGCUGAUUCUUAGCCCCUUCCUAGGGACCGGGGAAGACAGAAUGUAAAAGAGACAGUCUUAUCUUGAUUGGCAUUUAUUCUGUGACUCUCACAGAACAAAAGUGAGUGUACAUUUCUAACCAGUCAACUCCACUAAGUCUUUGUAACUCUGUAAUAUUACUGUGUGACUUGAUUUCAGUUAUUUAAGUCAAGGAUGUAAAUUUUGACUGUCUUUUAGAUAAGACACUAGAAAUAUCAUAAAAUCAGCAGUAUAAAAGGCUAAAUGGUAAAAUUAAUCUCAAUAUCUAGACAUUGGAAAUUCCCCAAAACACUCACUAAAUCCUCUGAAGUUUAUUAGGCACCCUUCUCCAGGAGCAGACAUGUUGAGAGGCGCCUGCUCUGCUGUGGGUGUCCUGCUGGACCUGAGGUUAGCAAACAGGGAGAACAACUCUUCCUUGUUUUAUUGCUAUUCCUAAAGCUCCCAGGGCCACUUGAAUUUGUUCUUUGACUUAUGGGGUAUGUGCAUAAAUGGAAAAAUCAUAAUCUGAGAACAAGUGCCCUGAAAAAGUGCUCACACUCCAGCAAGAAAGAGUCCAGCCAGUGGGAGGCAAUGACACAAAAACACUCCGAGUCCUCUCCCUCACGCCACUUCCCCUCUCAUCUUGGCCCACUGUUCUCAACAGCAAAGCCAGAAGAUGAACUAGGUGGUGGUUUUGGAUAGUUGUACACAGUAUCAAAAAUCUCUAAUAACCUAUCACGUUUAGUACUGAAUUAUGCGAUGUUUUACUCUAGGAAAUAACAGACAGGUGACACCAUUGAUGAAUCUUUCUCUCAUCUUCAGAAUUUUUGCAUCUUUUCAGAAAAGGACAAAUUACUAUUUUUCUGUUGCAUUCAGCAAUUGUGACUAUACCUAAAAUUCUUGUAGUCUGUAGAGAUAUCAAUAAAAUUGUAUAUGUUUGUACAUAGAUGCUCUCUUAUGUCAUGAUGUCAUAUACUAAUGAUUUUUGCCAAGAUUAAAUAUAUAGAGGUAAAACAUUCAUUUGCAAAGUGUUAACUGUAGUUUUACCAAGAAUGGAUGUUUUUAAAAGACAUGGAGGGGAUGAAGAGAACACACUGAAUUGAGCAAAAAGCAGAAAACAAAAUCUAAGUUCCCUAGAUGUAUACAGAUUCUGUUUAAAUUUAUGGAUUGACUCGGGUUAGAAAUACCUAUUCAGAUUUUCUAUCAAAUUGCAGACAUGUGUAAGAGUUUAGUGAAAAUUUAAAGACAAACUGUAAGGCUAUUGAUUAACUGGGACCUGCGGUGGAAUAAAUAUAAAGGCAAACUUGAUAACAGUGCCCACAAGACACUGUGGUGGUGCAAGGACUUACACCUCAGGGUGGCCUUGACCGCCUUCCUGCUUUUACAGCUCAAGCUGGAAGAAUGAGUCUGCUGUGAGUUUAUGCUUCCAUCUAGUGGUCAUGGAAUCCUCUGAUUUGCUCUGCUCUCACCAGCUGGUUGAUUCUCCUUCUGGUAUUUUCCUAUAUGGUGGCCUUAGCCAACUGAUCGUAUUCUUCUUCCAAAGUUCUAAUUAUCUUAGGAAAAUUCUUCCUCCACCACAAGCUUUCUUCUAUAGCUGAAAGGAACGACAACUAGCCUUGGGCUAAAAAAUACUUUUGAGUAAAAGAAAAAGGUAUAGGGCCUUUUAAAAUAUAAAUGCUAGUCUCUAUUUCAGAUCUGUCUCAGCAGAAUCAGUUUGUCUUUCUGUGAUGACAACAUAAGUCCACAAAACUCUGUUCUCCAUUUUCUUCUGCUUCCCCCCCCCCCUCGUCUCCCUUCCUCUGUCAUUCCGUUCCUGCCUCCCCUGCUCCCUCACUCCCAUUCAACAGGACUUCCUUCCUCAAGCCGCUCCUGCCAUCUGCUCUAUUUAAAGGGCAAGCCCAGCACUGGGGCAGGUUAGCAGUGGCAAGCUCACAUAGAAGUGGGUACCACAGGGGUGAAGUAAGAGGUGCACCCACAGAGCUGAGCGGGGGGAGGGGCAGCUGAGACUUCCCUGGUCAGUGACCUUGGAAUUUGAGGUCGUCUUUGAAGCAGGGCAGAGGCAACCCCUUUGGUUCUGGAGGGUGGCCACAUUCAAGGAAUUGAGCAUUUAAAUAAAUUCAUUGAGGACAUGGGAGCCAAGUUUCUCACAGAGACUGCAGAAGGGUAUACAAUUAAAAGAAAAACCUAAAAUGCUUUAAAUUUUGGUGCUUCUACAUAUAGCACGGUAACUGGGGCUGUAACUUUUAUGCUCAAAAUGGAUAAAGAAGAGGACUUUUAAGUGUUCCACCACAAAGAGGUGACAGUUGAGGGGGUGAUUAUGCUAAGGAUGUACAGGACUAUCAAAUAUUCCCUGUCAGUAUAGUUAUUAUGUCUCAAUUUAAAAUAAUAAAACUUCUUAAAGAAGAAAAGGUAGGAAAACUCUUGUAAUGUCGAAUACAAUUGGUUAUCAGUGUGAACAUGAUUGUCCAUAUAUAUAUAUAUACAUAUAUAUAUAUACUAUACAUAUUUAUAUAAUUGUAUCUAUAUAAAUAGCUAUAUACAUAGAUACACAUAUAAAUAUAUAUUAUAUGUGUGUGUAUGCAUGCUGAAAAGGUGUGUAUAUGUUGUAUAUAAAUAUUUCCUAAUUCUGAACACUGAAUAGACAGAAAGAUACAAAGCAAUCAAGACAAUUAAUGCUGGAUUAUGAUUUCCAAGUAUUCUUUCCUGCUAAUGGGCUAGAGCAUCAUGAAGAGUGACUGGUUCAAUUCUGGAAUAUAGUCUGUAUCAGAAGGUGAAGUAUUCGAUGAAAGAUAGCUACGUUUCAGAAGCACUCAAAAACAGCUUGAAAGAGCUUACACAGGCCAAGUCAAGGAUAAUUUAACUAUAAAACAUAGUAAUAGAAUAAAAUAGGAACCCAUGAAUUCACACUGAUAAUAAGUAAAUAUGGAAGAGAGAAAGUUAUUCACACAAUCAAAUGCCAGCUAAUAAGUGUAAAUGGAAUUUAAAAGUUGCUGUUAGAUAACCAUUGUUAUAAUAUGUUGGGCGGUAUAUACCAGUUAGUGCUCAAGCUAAUGGGGUGAAGUAGGAUCUCAGUAGAGAAUGAUUUACAUCAUCUCCAAGUGUCUUCAAAACUGUUAAACAUUAAAAGACAUUUACACCAAAAAAACAUGGAAGAUACCAUAUUUGUUAUUGAGGGACCAAAGUCCUGUCACCAGUGAUGGGGCAAAUCAACAUCCUGUUCUGCCUUUGACAAGAACACAGCAUCCCUGCCAAGAUGCAAGCUAGGUCUCGUCCUGUGGAAAUGUUAAAUAGAACUACACUUGGCAAUUUCUAAAUACGGCUGCCCCCUAGGAAGUUUGGUAUAACAAAAGAUGAGGAAAGACAGAUAUUCCAGAUCUAGGAAGCCAAAAUCCAUGACAACUGCAUGUAAUACAUGAUCAUAGAUUGAAACAUUUUGCCAUAGAUGUCAUGACAUAAAUGGAGCAAUUAUCAAAACUCGAGUGUGGUUUCCCACUGGAUUAUGAUUCUUUGUACCAUUCUUGAAACUUUUAUUUAGAUUUGAGCUGAUUUCAAAAUAAAGUUAUAAAAAUAAAAAUUUUGAAUUUGUUGUAUUACUUUACACUUCAGUAGCAUUAUCUUAUGUCCUCCAGAGCAAAUAAAUAGCUGUUUGUGGCUGAAGGAGAGGGCUUUGUGGAUUGUUUGGAAACUCAGACAUUAUGUAAAUAUUUUUAAUGUUUUUCUUUAAAUUUUCACUGUGUAUAUUUACAGUACAUAGAUAUGUUAUAUAAGAACCUUUUCAUGCAGAUAUAAAGUUUGUGUUGAACAUA